UGACUGCGUUCGAUUGAUUACUGCUGCUGACAAGAUUAAGCAGAUAAAAGAAAUAGGCCGCAGACAAUACAGUGAUUCAAUGGUCACCUAGUGGCAACAUUACUGCCAAGCUGAAAAGAUUAGCAAUGGAAACAGACAAUAAAUCAACAUCUGGUGCUCAAUUAAAGGAUGAAGAGAAUUUGGAGGGAGAACCUUUUAACUAUGACGACAUUCUGAAACACUUGGGGCAAUUAGGUAAGUUCCAACUGCGAGCAUUUCUAUGGUUAUGCCUGCCUGCUAUAUUUCCAGGCCUCAUAACAAUGUCCUUAACAUUCACUGGUGGGGUACCCGAUUACAGAUGUUUCGUUGACGGUUGUGAUGAAGUCGAAUCUCAGGGACAGGGGGAUUUUUCCCAUCCUUGGUUGAAUAACACCAUUCCCGGAUGGGAAGAUGACGCUUCAUCAAGUGACAAUCGAAUUAAGAAGCAAUGUUACGUUUACAACCAUACAUGGAACAAUGUUGAAGAGUGUCUCGCAGGGAGCGACGUCAAUAUCGAUCAAGAAAUACAGUGCAGCGAAUGGGUCUAUGACGACUCCAUAUUCGGAUCCACCAUCGUUACGGAAUUUGAGUUGACAUGUGAUGACGAACAUAAGCAACCGAUAGCCAGUACCGUAUACAUGGCUGGAAAUAUAUUUGGACCUCUCAUAUUUGGACUUAUCGCAGAUAAAUUUGGAAGAAAAGCAGCGUACACAUGGGGAAUAUUGUUUAUGGGUUGCGUCGUAACCGGCUCGGCUCUGUCCAAGAAUCUGAUCACCUUCUGCGUCUUAAGAUUCUUUAGCGGACUUGCCAAUCUCGGCCUCUUUGAAAUCUACAUUGUCUGGGGCAUUGAAUCAGUUGGUACAAAGUACCGAACCAUUUGUGGUUUUGUUUAUCAACUUUGUUUCACCGUUGGUUCUGCACUUAUGGGCUGUAUAGCCUUCUUUGUAAGAGACUGGCAAAUAAUUCAAAUCAUUAUAGGAGCUCCCAUAUUUUUACUCUUGGCUCUCCAUUGGCUUGUUCCGGAAUCAAUUCGAUGGUUAGUAGCAACGAAACGUUACGAAAGCGCAAGAAAAUUGAUUUUGAAAGCGGCCAAAGUUAAUAAGAAAUCAGUGCCUGAUCACUUGCUGGUCAUUCCUAAUGGACAAUCGGUGGUAAAAGAUGCGGAGAUUUCUAGUACUGCCCUUAACGAAAACACAAAAAAUUCAUUUGUGAAGCGCGAGGGUCUCAUCGAUGUAUUACGUUCUCCGGUUUUACUGAAAAGGCUCGUUAUCAUGAUUGCAGCUUGGUUCGGUGGCGUUAUGGGCUACUACGGUAUUACAUUUUCCAGCAACAACUUGUCUGAUAAUUUUUUCGUCAACUACGAACUCAGCAUGUUAGUAGAAAUUCCCGCUUACCUUUGCGGAAUUUACGUAACAGAUAAAGUUGGCAGGCGACCAACUCUUUGCGCUGGGAUGAUUAUAAGUGGUUUUGCUUGUCUGAUCACCGGAUUGGUUCCAGAAGAUCCAGCGUUCAUCCGAGUCACUUUCUCUCUGAUUGGAAAGUUUUUCAUAUCUACUGUAAUGGCAGUGCUUUACUCUUUCACUGCGGAAUUAUUUCCUACGGAAACAAGAGGCGUUACAGUCGGCAUUUCUUCUACCCUUGGUCACUUUGGAGGCGUCGUAGCUCCCAUUUUAGCCGAUGCUGGGAGAAAAAUUGACCCUGCUUUCCCGUACAUUAUCUUCGCCAUCGUCAACGUUUGCGUCGGUAUUUUGGGACUUUUACUACCGGAAACAAAUCAUCUUCCACUACCUACUACUAUUCAAGAGGCAGUUGAUAUGGAAAAGUACACGUUUUCUCUUCACCGUUGCUGCCACAGGAAGAAGGAAGAAGAAAAUUGCGAUUAAAAUUUUUUAUUAAAUGAGGCGAUUUAGGUUAUGCUUGAAUACCAACAAAUUUAAACGACUGCUACAACUCGAUUGAAAUUUGCUUCGUAGUUUGACAGAGAAAUAUAAAAUCCAACAAUGUUACAAAAAAAUUUAAAAAUAUGAAUCAGAAGAAUUAAAUAAUCGGGCCAUAUUGGGUCAUAAAUUGGCAUUACUGAGCUGCAAAAGCGAUCAACAGUUUAAAUGUAAAGGCUAUUGAUUCAACAAACAUUAAUUGAUUAAAAAAUUGCAAUCCGCAUCCUUAAAAAAUUUUUAGUUUGCUGCCAAGCCUGCCAUAAUAAAAUUCUCUCCUGAUUUCUCA